AUGGUCAGGAAGUCCCUGAUUGCUGGACUGGUGGUUCUUGUGGUGGCCGCAGUGAGCCUGUUCCUUGGGCUGUUCGUGGGCAUGGGGAAGAAAUAUGCAUCGCCCCCAUCAGAGUACUUUUACUCAAAGGCUGCAGUGGCCACGGAUGCUGGAAAGUGUUCGGAGGUUGGGAGGGACAUCCUGAAGAGGAACGGCUCAGCUGUGGAUGCAUCCAUCGCUGCCUUGCUUUGUGAUGGCCUUUACAAUGCUCACAGCAUGGGUAUUGGUGGAGGACUCUAUUUCAUUAUCUACAACGCUUCCACAGGGAAAGUGGAAACCAUUGACGCGAGGGAGACAGCCCCCAUGAAUGCCACUGAAGACAUGUUUGGCAAUAACACCAAACUCUCAAGGAUAGGUGGACUAUCAAUAGCCAUUCCAGGGGAGAUCCGUGGCUAUGAGAUGGCACACAAAAGACAUGGCAGGCUGCCGUGGAAGGAACUGUUUGAGCCGAGUAUCGCCUUGGCUCGUGAUGGCUUUCCUAUAGGAAAAGCUUUGGCUUAUGCCAUCUUUAAGAGCAAAGAGUCCAUUCAAAGAGACACCAACCUGUGUGAAGUGUUCUGUGACUCUCGAAAAAACAUCCUGAAGGAAAAUGAUGUUUUAAGAUUUCCAAAACUAGCAGAGACAUACCAAAGGAUAGCAGAGGAGGGGCCUGAUGUGUUUUAUAAUGGGACAAUGGCAAAGAGCAUCGUAGAAGACAUCCAGGCAGCAGGUGGGAUUAUCACCUUGGAGGACUUGAUGGAGUAUGAGCCUGUGCUGAAUGAGAAUCCUCUGAAGCUCAACAUUGGGGAGUACACCAUGCAUGUCCCAGAUGCCCCCUCCAGUGGCCCAGUGCUGGCACUCAUACUCAACAUAGUGGAUGGUUACAACUUCACAAACACAAGUGUGUCAACAGCACAGGAGAAGACUCUGACGUACCACCGCAUUGUAGAGGCUUUUCGUUUUGCUUACGCCAAGAGGAGCAGACUGGGGGACCCGCGCUACCUCAACAUCACAGAUCUCAUCCAAAACAUGACCUCAGACUACUUCGCUGACGGCAUAAGAAGUAAAAUUACAGAUGACACCACCCAUCCUGACAGCUACUAUGAGCCAGACUACUUUAUCCCAGACAACCACGGAACAGCUCACCUCUCCGUCAUCGCUGAGGAUGGAAGCGCUGUGGCUGCCACCAGCACCAUUAAUUUCUAUUUUGGCUCCAAAGUCAUGUCUCGAUCCACUGGAAUCAUUUUUAAUGAUGAAAUGGGUGACUUCAGCUCCCCACACAUAAGCAGUGGCUUUGAAAUCCCUCCCUCACCCAACAACUUCAUCCAACCAGGUAAGAGGCCGCUGUCUUCCAUGUGUCCGACCAUUAUCUUCGACAAAGAAAAUACAGUAAAGAUGGUUGUGGGAGCCUCUGGUGGGACAAAAAUCACCACAGCCACGGCCUUAGUCAUCCUGAACUCCUUGUUCUUCAACUAUGACCUGAAGAAAGCUGUGACAGAGCCACGUGUUCACAAUCAGCUCAACCCAAAUAUGACAGUGGUGGAGCAGGGCUUUGAAAAGAGUGUUCUGGAGGGUCUGGCCCAGAAGAACCAUGUGACCCAGCUGCUGAGGACUCCAGACUCUGUGGUCCAGGCGGUGGUUCGACAGGGAGCGCGUCUCUGUGCGGAGUCUGACCCCAGGAAAGGAGGCUAUCCAGCAGGAUACUGAGCACAACUCCAGGUCUCCUCUGCUCCGCUCAGUCUGCUCAAAGGAACUCAAGC